CGCGGGACCGGGCCGUCACUUCGCCACCCGGGCUGCUCCUGUAAGCGAUGGCUCCCUUCGUGACCUUGGUCCUGCUUGGGCUGCUCUCGCUGUCUGGCCUGAACGCCGUCUCGCGUCCUCCGAAGGUUCAGGUUUACUCACGACACCCUGCAGAGAAUGGAAAACCAAAUUACCUGAACUGCUAUGUGUCUGGGUUCCAUCCACCCCAGAUUGAGAUUGAUUUGCUGAAGAAUGGGGAGAAGAUGGAAGUGGAGCAAUCAGACCUGUCUUUCAGCAAGGACUGGUCUUUCUACCUUCUGGUCCACGCUGAGUUCACUCCCAACGGAGUGGAUCAGUAUAGCUGCCGUGUGAAACACGUUACUCUCACAGAGCCCAAGAUAGUUAAGUGGGAUCGAGACCACUAACCAGCAUCAUGGAGGUUUGAAGAUGCCUCAUUUGGAUUAGACUAAUUCCAGAUUCUGUUGUCUUGCUUUUUAUUUUCUUUUUUCUUUUCUUUUUUUAAAUUUAUUUUAUUGAAGUAUAGUUGAUUUAUAAUGUUGUGAACUUCUGCUGUAUAGCAAAGUGAUUUAGUUAUUGUUGUCUUGCUUUUUAAUGCUGAUAUGUUUUUAUGCUUUAUGCAUAUAAAUCAGAAGUUGUAUUGAUGUUACCACAAAUAUCAUCUUCUUAUAAUUCUACCUAGGGUGCUACGUCUCCAUGUUUGACCUGUCUUGGCAGGUAGCUAUAGUGGGGGCUCUGGCAGCCUAGAGGUGGGGAAGACAGAAUUUCAGGUUUAACAUCAACAUCUUGGUCAAAUCUGAACUCUUCAGUCUCUUCUGCAUACAAAACUGGAUAAUAAGAUAGUAUGUAUGUUUAGAGUAAACCUCCAAUUUGUAAUUUUUCUUAGAAUUUUGGAAAAAUUUUGAAAGAUAAUUUUCAGAAUUAUGGAAAUUUGUUAUAGUGGAUAAAACAUUUUGCCAUAUAAAAUUCAUAUUUACCUCUUAUAUCUGUUAGAGAGAGACUUGGUUGUGCCUAUUUUGUUUGUUUCACUAAUUAAAACAAUGGUAAAACAUUGUGUUCAGCUUCUCAAAGGAACAACAGCUGACUUCUCAAUGUCAGUGGGAUCCAGAACAUAGCAGAAAGUAAUCAUGAAUGUAGUAAAACAACUGCCUACCUAGAAUUCCAUACACAACAAAAAUAUCUUUUAAAAAAUUACAGCAAAGUAAACAUCCUUAGAUAAAAAGUCAGAUUUCAGUACCCUUUAGAUCCUCACUAAAGGAGAUUCUAAAUGAUGCACUUCAGGCAGAGAGAAGGCCUAAAAUGUGAGCAGAAAGGAAGAGCAAAGGAAAUGUAUCAGUUCUGUGUAAAAAUAAAUCAACGUAAAUAAGCACAUAAACUGAAUAUUUAAUAUCUAACUAGUAGAGGGCACAGGAGUUUAUGGAGUGCUAGUAAUGUUUUAUUUCUUGACAUGGAUGGUGGUUACAAGAGAUUUUGCUUUGUAAUUUUUUGUUAAAUGUACAUAUAUGCUGUACAUUUUAAAGGAAUGUUAUAUUUCACAUUAAAAAUCAUAAAAUUGA